UGUUGCGCCACACCCAGAAGCCUUUAAGCUAUAGCUCCACCCUCAAGUCUGCCUCACUCAGCUACACCUCCCAGGCCUUAAAGGAACCAUAGGAGGUGCACUGCAUCCCUGGUGGGGAGGAAAUGGCACAGUUUGAGAAGGAAAAGUCUGAUUUUGAGGACGUUGCCGUAUAUUUUUCGAAGGAUGAGUGGGAAUAUUUAAAUGAGGAAGAGAAACAACUUUACAAAGAUGUGAUGAUCGAGAAUUACCAAAACCUUACAUUUCUUGGAUGUAUCAAUAUAAAACCAGCAAUUGUAUCACAGAUUGAGAGAGGGGAAGAUUUGUUCAUUAACCAACUGUCUGUAAAGAACAUCUCACUGAAUGCAACAAAUGGGUCUGUGACCAGGAACAUCACUGAUAAACAUAUGAGCUGUAGUUCCACCGAUUGUGGAAUAAAGGGAACUGUUCAUGGUCAUUAUUGUGUGCGACUGAAUCAUAUUAGAAGAGACACCAGAAGCAAAAAUCUGAUGCAGUCAGAGAAACCAAUGGAUAAGCACUCAAAGUAUCAUGAACAUCUCACAACAGGAUAUGCAGAGAACGGGCUACAUGGUUCUAGGCAAGGAAGUCCUGAAGAAGAUACAAACGAUAACGAUUUGCCAGGACCAAUGGAUAAAAAAAUAAAUAACAAAUCUGUUACUAUCGAUCCAAAGAAACAUUACUGCUGCUUAGAAUGUAAAAAAUUAUUCAAGUCUGAAUUGGCCUUGUCCAGACACGAGUCACUUCACACAGGCGUAACGUCAUUUCAGUGCGAGGAGUGUGGGAAAUAUUUUUUCAGUAGCUCACAUCUUGCCAAACACCAGAGGUACCACAGAGGUGAAAAACAAUUCAAAUGUUUGGAUUGUGGUAAAGGCUUUGUCACCAAUCGAAAUCUGGUUCGGCACCAACAAAUACACACAGGGGAGAAAAUAUUUGAAUGCAUUGAAUGUGGGAAACGUUUUGGCCAGAAAGAAACCCUCUUCAGACAUCAAAGAAUCCACACAGGAGAAAAUACAAUUAUUUGUUCAGUCUGCAGGAAAUGUUUUGUUAGUAAUUCGCAUCUUGUACGACAUCAAAUGUGUCACACAGGGGAAAAACCAUUUGAGUGUAUCGAAUGUGGUAAACGUUUUGUACACUCCUCACACCUUGUUGUACACCAGAGAAUUCACACAGGAGAGAAACCAUUUUCUUGCUCCAAAUGCGUAAAACGUUUUGCAAGUAAAUCUGAACUUUCUAGACAUCAGUCCUGUCAUACUAGGGAAAAUCCAUUUGUGUGUGCGGAUUGUGGUAAAUGUUUUGCCAGCAAAUCAGUUCUUGUUAGACAUCAGACGUGUCAUCCAGGGGAAAAACCAUUUACAUGUUCAGACUGUGGGAAAUAUUUCAGCUUGAAAGAAGAUCUUGUUAAACAUAAAAAAAUGCACUCUAGAGAAAAAAAAUAUGAUUGUCCAGACUGUGGAAAGCAUUUUUUUCGGAGCUCUAAUUUUGUUGCACAUCGCAGGGUUCACACAGGUGAAAAACCGUUUGAAUGUUUUGAUUGCGGGAAAUGUUUCAAUCAGAAGUCAAAUCUGGUUACACACCGAAGGGUUCACACGGGCGAUAAACCGUAUGUCUGUUCUGAAUGCGGUAAAGGUUUCAACCGAAGCUCGACACUCAUUGUCCAUCUGAGAAUACACACAGGAGAGAAACCGUUUGUGUGCUCGUACUGUGACAGAGGAUUUAGAAAUAAGUCAAAACUUGUUGUUCACAUGAAAACUCAUAAAUAA